AUGGCAUCAAAAAGCCUCACACUCAUACUCGCCACCACGCCUACCUUAGGGAUAGGCAAGGGCGGCGGCCUCCCAUGGCCACAAUUGAAGAAAGAAAUGGGCUACUUCGCGCGCGUCACAAAACGUACCUCACCAACCGGCAUUAGCGAAGGAGACGCUGCGGGAGAAAUAGCGAACAAGAGACAGAGGGUCAAUGCGGUGGUUAUGGGGAGGAAGACAUGGGACAGUAUUCCGGAGAGGUUGAGGCCGCUGAGAGGGAGGGUGAAUGUCGUUGUUACGAGGAGUGUGGAUGGGUUUAGGGGGAAGUUGGAGGGGGAGAAACAAGGAGAGGAGGGGGUGGAGGGGCCUAUUGUUGUGGGGAGCGUGGCGGAUGCGUUGGCGCAAUUACAAGGCGAUAGAGUCGGCGCGGAGGUGGAUAAGGUCAUGGUCAUCGGCGGCGCAUCGAUAUACGAGCAGGCUCUGAAGCUUCGCGAAGCAAGACACGUCCUACUCACGAAGAUUCAGAAAGAGUACGAGUGCGAUACUUUCUUCAGCGAAGACUUGGGAGGAGACGGGUGGAGGAAGGCAAGUGAAAGUGAGUUGAAGGAGUUCACGGGGGAGGAGUUUGAGGAUGGGGUGGAGAUUGAGGAGAAGGGGGUGCGGUUUGAGUUUUGUCUGUAUAACAGGGUAGAGUAA